AUGACCGGCGAGGGGGCGAAAGUUAUCGACCUGCUGACCGACCUGGUCGGUCACCCUCGCGAAGCUACGACGCCAGACACAGACGUUCGCCUCCUCGGAAUCGAUCUCGCCUACGUGGUGACACAUGGUUGCCAUCCAGUAGAGGCUAUGGGCGUCCAAGAAGUCGUUCACCUCCUGAAUACCGGCGUCGCUCCAGAACCCCUCCCUUCCAGGGCCGAGCCUUUGGGCCUGGUUCGUACGGUAGGAGGCGUUCUCCCCCCCCGACGGCUCUCUCCGCGGCGAGAGAACCGACCCAGAUCUCCUCUACCAUCAUGGAGAUCCAAGUCUCCUUACAGCGAAGGCCGAUCGCGUGACGUAUCUCGUGGCCGCAGCAGCCCAAGGCGUAUCCGGGAUGUAUCCCCUGGGAUUCAAGAUUUGCGCCCAACCAGGCGGAAUACCCCCCCCAAAGCUCCUACUGGUGAGAGAAGCAUUCGAGCCCUCUCACCGAGAACGCAGAGCCCUUCCCGUCCCCUUCCCCGCCGAGACCUGCCUACGGACUUAAACCGGGGCCGAUACUUUUCGCAGUCUAGGCCAGUCUCGCCUGCACAUGCUGCGCGGCCAGAAUCCAGCACUACAUCAAAACGGUCUUCUCCAGCGACGGGCCCAGACCGUGGUGGCCUAACGCCCCGCAAAAGCCGCAGCCGAUCUCCUACUCGCUCUUCGCCCCCCCCUCGACCUUCUGGGCUCUCAGGAUCACCCCAUGCCUACCGAGAUCGCGAUUCGAUGCGAAACCCGGAGGCUGUUCACUCUGACAGGGGACCAAGCAAUGCAGAUCACCCAGAAAGUCAUCCAUUGGAGCCUGUUCAAUCCCGGUCAGGGAGUUACGUCCCAACUCAGCCAAGGAAUUUAGGGGUCCGCCAAUCACCACCAUCAGGGCCAUCUCACGGACCUAAGGCCAUACCUUCACAACCUCGAGGCUCUCAUACCGAUUUCUCCCACCUGGCCUCUAUCUUCGUUCUUCUGCAGAAGAUGAAGUCCACCAGUAGCUGCUCCGGUCUAUCUUUCAAGUCGCAAGUGCUCUAUCUUCUGGUUUUCGUCACUCGCUAUCUUGAUCUGUUCUGGACCUUUUUCGAUUCGUUAUACCUCACGACCUUCAAGCUUCUCUUCAUCGGAUCAUCCGGCUACAUUAUCUACCUGAUGCUGAACGAUUACAAGCCCACCCACGAUCCGAACAUUGACACCUUUAAAGUUCAAUAUCUUCUGGGAAUCAGCGCGAUCCUCGCAGUACUUUUCCCCCAUGACUACCGUUUUUCCGAGAUUCUCUGGACCUUCUCCAUCUGGUUGGAGUCCGUCGCCAUCUUGCCGCAGCUCUUCAUGUUACAACGAACGGGAGAAGCUGAUACAAUCACCACACACUAUCUAUUUGCUCUGGGUCUGUACCGGGCUCUCUAUAUCCCGAAUUGGGUGUACCGGUACUUCACCGAGGUCCAUUUCCAACGAUCUUUCCAACCUGUCCCCAUCAUUGCUGGCAUCAUCCAGACCUUACUUUACUCGGAUUUCUUCUACAUUUACUACAACAAGUAA